AUGCGAACAGAAGCUCGUCGAAAAAAUCUUCUCAUUCUAAUUUUGCAUUAUUUAAUGGAGGAAGGUUAUAUUGAUGCUGCACACGCUUUGGAGCAAGAGACGAACUUAAGUUUACGUGGCUUUCAAGUUUGUGACAACAUUGAUCUUGAAACAAUUUUGAUGGAAUAUGAAAGCUAUUACUUUGUAAAAUUUCAAAAGUAUCCUAAAAUUACCAAAAAGGUCCCGGACACCGCGGAAAAUAAACGACAGCUGAGAACUGGAGGAAGACCAAGAAGGAUGUCAUCAAGCUCUUCUCAGAAUCUCCCAAGGCUCAAACAUCAGACUGUGCAACAACCGUUGUCAAAAACUUCUCCUGGGAGUGCAACAGAAUUUAAAUCAUCCCCAAAGGACAUACCCAAACAGAAUAAUGACAAUGCAGUCACUCCAGAGCAAUCUGACUUUGGCUUAAGCAUCUCAGCAGUCAGCAAAGCUGGAGGAGACAGCACUCACCCAAGAAAGGGCCAAGUAAUUGACUUCCAUGGGAUGAUUCAGGACGCUAUCAAAGUAUCAUCAAAUGGAAUAGCCUUGAACAGCCUUAACUGUGAUCCAGAUCCUUCAGAACGGUUACUAAAACCCCUUAGUGCUUUUAUUGGCAUGACUGGUGAGAUGAGAGAACUUGCAACGGUGGUGAGCAAAGACAUUUAUCUCCAUAAUCCAAACGUGAAGUGGGAUGAUAUUGUUGGACUGGAUGCGGCUAAAAGGCUAGUCAAGGAAGCAGUUGUUUAUCCCAUAAAGUACCCGCAACUGUUUACUGGCAUUCUGUCUCCUUGGAAAGGAUUAUUGCUCUAUGGACCACCAGGUACUGGAAAAACCUUGCUUGCCAAGGCUGUAGCCACAGAGUGCAAUACAACCUUUUUCAACAUAUCAGCAUCCACCAUUGUCAGCAAAUGGAGGGGCGAUUCUGAAAAACUUGUCCGGGUCUUAUUUGAGCUUGCCCGGUACCACGCUCCUUCCACAAUUUUCUUGGAUGAGCUGGAGUCAGUUAUGAGUCAGAGAGGCACUGCUUCUGGUGGUGAACAUGAAGGAAGUCGGCGGAUGAAAACAGAAUUACUGGUGCAGAUGGAUGGCUUGGCCCGAUCUGAUGAUCUUGUAUUUGUUUUAGCAGCUUCCAAUCUGCCAUGGGAGUUGGAUUCUGCAAUGCUGCGGCGGCUGGAGAAGAGGAUUUUGGUCAACCUCCCAAAUAAAGAGGCGCGGCGGGCGAUGAUCCAGCACUGGCUGCCCGCUCUGAGCAACAGCGGAGGAGUGGAGCUGAGAACGGAUCUGGACUACAGUUUGCUGGGCCAGGAAACAGACGGGUACUCAGGCUCAGACAUAAAACUCGUGUGCAAGGAAGCAGCCAUGAGGCCAGUGAGGAAAAUCUUCGAUGCUCUUGAAAAUCAUCAGCCAGGUAGCAGUAACUUACCCAUGAUCCGAUUGGACACGAUCACAACAGCGGAUUUCCUGGAUGUGAUCGCCCACACCAAGCCAUCAGCAAAGAACCUGAGCCACAAGUACACAGCUUGGCAGAGAGAAUUUGAGUCCGUUUGA